GCUGCGGCCGCAGCAGCUGGGAGAAGCCCCUAAGAGCCGCCGCCGCCGGCCGCACUCGGAUCGCAGCGCGCGCAGCCAUGGCUUCGGGGCUGGCGGAGGCGGAGACCCGGCAGAGGUUGCUGCGCACCGUCAAGAAGGAGGUGAAGCAGAUUAUGGAGGAAGCCGUCACGCGCAAGUUUGUCCACGAAGACAGCAGCCACAUCAUCUCUUUCUGUGGGACUCCAUUAGGGAAUUUGGAAGUAGAGAAAACAUUUGGAAGUAGAGAAGAAAUUAAGAAUGACUUCUGCACCCCGGGAAAAGCGGCUGUGGAGGCCUGCGUCCUGCAUGGCCUGAGGAGGCGGGCGGCUGGCUUCCUGCGCAGCAACAAGAUCGCAGCUCUCUUCAUGAAAGUGGGCAAAAGCUUCCCGCCAGCAGAGGAGCUGAGCCGCAAGGUGCAGGACCUGGAGCAGCUGAUUGAGAGCGCGCGAAACCAGAUCCAGGGCCUCCAGGAGAAUGUGCGAAAGCUGCCAAAACUUCCCAACCUGUCCCCACUCGCCAUCAAGCACCUGUGGAUCCGUACAGCCUUGUUUGAGAAGGUCCUGGACAAAAUUGUUCAUUACCUUGUGGAAAACAGCAGUAAGUAUUACGAGAAGGAAGCUCUCCUGAUGGACCCCGUGGAUGGCCCCAUCCUUGCAUCUUUGUUGGUGGGGCCCUGCGCCUUGGAGUACACCAAGAUGAAGACUUCCGAUCACUUCUGGACGGACCCCUCAGCCGACGAGCUUGUCCAGAGGCACCGCAUCCACAGCUUGCACCUGCGACAGGACUCGCCCACCAAGCGUCCGGCCCUCUGCAUCCAGAAAAGACAUUCGAGUAGCAGCAUGGAUGACCGGCCGUCCCUCUCCGCCCGUGACUAUGUAGAGUCCCUGCACCAGAACUCCCGGGCCACCCUGCUCUAUGGCAAGAACAACGUUCUGGUUCAGCCGAGGGAUGACAUGGAGGCUGUGCCGGGGUAUCUGUCCCUGCACCAGACAGCUGACGUCAUGACCUUGAAGUGGACGCCCAACCAGCUGAUGAACGGGUCUGUGGGGGACCUGGAUUACGAGAAGAGCGUCUACUGGGACUAUGCCAUGACCAUCCGCCUGGAGGAGAUUGUCUACCUGCAUUGCCACCAGCAAGUGGACAGCGGUGGGACAGUGGUGUUGGUCAGCCAGGACGGGAUCCAGAGGCCGCCCUUCCGCUUCCCCAAGGGAGGUCACCUCCUGCAGUUCCUCUCGUGCCUGGAGAAUGGGCUGCUCCCUCACGGGCAGCUGGACCCGCCACUCUGGUCUCAGCGGGGGAAGGGCAAAGUAUUUCCCAAACUGCGCAAGCGAAGCCCUCAGGGUUCGUCCGAGUCCACGUCUUCAGACAAGGAAGAUGAGGAGGCCACGGAUUACGUGUUCAGGAUCAUCUACCCUGGCAUGCAGUCCGAAUUCGUCCCCCAGGACCUGAUGGAUGUCUCCGUGAGCAACCUGCCAUCUCUAUGGCAACCCAGCCCACGGAAAUCUUCCUGCUCAUCCUGUUCACAGAGUGGCUCGGCUGAUGGUGGCUCGUCCAAUGGCUGCAACCAUGAGAGGGCUCCCUUGAAGCUUCUCUGUGACAAUAUGAAGUACCAGAUUCUUUCCAGAGCCUUCUAUGGAUGGCUUGCCUACUGCAGACACCUGUCCACUGUGAGGACCCACCUGUCAGCCCUGGUCAAUCACAUGAUCGUGUCCCCGGACUUGCCCUGCGAUGCUGGACACGGGCUGACGGCCGAGAUCUGGGAGCAGUACCUGCAGGACAGCACAAGUUACGAGGAGCAGGAGCUGCUGCGUCUUGUCUACUACGGGGGCAUCCAGCCAGAGAUCCGCAAAGCCGUGUGGCCCUUCCUCCUGGGCCACUACCAGUUUGGGAUGACAGAAACAGAAAGAAAGGAGGUGGAUGAGCAGAUGCAUGCCUGCUAUGCGCAGACCAUGUCUGAGUGGCUGGGCUGUGAGGCGAUUGUGCGGCAGAGGGAACGGGAAUCCCACGCGGCCGCCCUGGCCAAAUGCUCUUCGGGGGCCAGCCUGGACAGCCACCUGCACCGAAUGAUGCACCGGGACUCCACCAUCAGCAAUGAGUCCUCCCAGAGCUGCAGUUCGGGCCGCCAGAACAUCCGCCUGCAGAGCGACUCCAGCAGCAGCACACAGGUCUUCGAGUCUGUGGACGAGGUGGAGCAGGUGGAGGCAGAAUGCAGGUUGGAGGAGAAGCAGCCCAAGAUCCCCAACGGGAACCUGGUGAAUGGCACCUGUUCCCCAGACUCUGGCCACCCUUCCUCCCACAACUUCUCCUCGGGCCUCUCGGAGCACUCAGAACCCAGCCUGAGCACGGAGGACAGCGUCAUGGACGCCCAGCGCCCUGCCCCACUGGUGACUCGACCCAGGGACAGCGGUGUGGAUGACGGGCAGAGCAGCGAGGCCACCACUUCCCAGGAUGAGGUCCCCCGUGAGGAGCUGGCUGUGCAGGACAGCCUGGAGAGCGACCUCCUGGCCAACGGGAGCAUGGACGAGUUCGUGUCCAUCACGGGCAGCAUGGAUGUAGCUCUGCCCGAAAGGGAGGGCCCUGCGAUGGAGGGCUGGAGGGGCAUCAAGGUGGGGAAGCAGAGCCAGGUGGACAGUGAGGACAACCUCUCAGAGGAGCCCGAGAUGGAAAGUCUCUUCCCCGUGCUCGCUUCUCUGGCCGUGACCACUUCUGCCAACAACGAGGCAUCCCCCGUGUCUUCUAGUGGCGUCACCUACUCUCCAGAGCUGCUGGAUCUGUACACGGUGAACCUGCACCGCAUCGAGAAGGACGUGCAGAGGUGUGACCGCAACUACUGGUACUUCACACCCGCCAACCUGGAGAAGCUACGGAACAUCAUGUGCAGCUACAUCUGGCAGCACAUUGAUAUCGGCUAUGUCCAGGGUAUGUGUGACCUCCUGGCUCCACUGUUGGUCAUUCUGGAUGACGAGGCCCUUGCCUUCAGCUGCUUCACCGAGCUCAUGAAGAGGAUGAACCAGAACUUCCCCCACGGAGGCGCCAUGGACACGCACUUUGCCAACAUGAGGUCGCUAAUCCAGAUCCUGGACUCAGAGCUCUUUGAGUUGAUGCAUCAGAAUGGGGACUACACUCACUUCUACUUCUGCUACCGCUGGUUCCUGCUGGAUUUCAAGCGAGAACUCAUCUAUGAUGACGUCUUCUCUGUUUGGGAGACCAUCUGGGCAGCCAAACAUGUGUCGUCCGCCCACUAUGUCCUGUUCAUCGCGCUGGCGCUGGUGGAGGUCUACCGUGAUAUCAUCUUGGAGAACAACAUGGAUUUCACAGACAUCAUCAAAUUUUUUAAUGAAAUGGCCGAGCGACACAACACCAAACAGGUCCUGAAGCUGGCCCGGGACCUCGUGUACAAGGUGCAGACCCUGAUUGAGAACAAGUGAGGACCACGUCACCCAGGCAGCGUCAACCAAGCCUCCACCCACCUGCCUGUCCUGCCUGCUUCUCCUCCUGGCUGCCCAGGGAGCAAGGUCCUGGCAUCUGUUCCCAAGCAUGGACCUCUGUGCAAAGAGAAAGUACCCCAACUUUGGCCACCAGGCAGGUGGGAUCGAGGGGUUGCCCCUUCAGUUCAGCCUUAUGUUUUCCUGUUUGACCAAAGAUCGCCCAAGUCUGGGAUUUCUCCCUUGUGGGAGUUGGGAGUUGCUGGUGUGUGGAGGGAACAUCUUCGUUCAUGGUCCCAGGAAUGGUCUCCUCCCUCUUCUCUCCCAUCCCUCCAACUGUCUUGUCGGAUGAGACUUGGGGAGGGAACUUUUUGGAAAAUGGUAUAGGAGAGGUCUGUGGGGCUACCUCUGCACUCU